AUGACUGAGCUAAGCUAUGACUUGGACGAGAGCUAUGUUGACCGUCAUGAAGAUGAUCAUAUUAGAGAGCAAAUGGCAACCACAGAAGCGCUUUUGCUUGAAGAUACUGGCUCAGAAGUCUCAAGGACACUGCCUUACCUUCUCGUCUUAACCUGCGGUGGCGCUGGGCUACAAGUCAUUUGGUCUGUCGUCAGGUCUAAUGGUGCGCCGUACCUAGUGUCUCUAGGACUCUCCAAGUCGUUCACCGCUCUUGUCUGGCUGGCGGCUCCUCUCUGUGGAGUUGUAUUUCAACCGAUAGUGGGGAUCUUGAGUGAUCGAACCCGCAGUCGCUGGGGACGGCGAAAACCUUUCAUAGUCGGCGGCACGGCCGGCGUCAUCAUUGCCACCCUGGCCCUUGCUUUCCUUACGACACCUCUCAGUGGAGAUACUCAGGGCCAGCCCCCACGGAUGUUGAUCAUACUGCUAGCGAUCACCCUGAUAUACGCCAUGAAUGUAUCUAUUCAGCCUAUUCAGGCUGGUCUGCGUACACUAAUCAUAGAAAACUGCCCCACCCACCAGCAGACCCAAGCCGCCGCUUGGACCAGUGUUUUGAUGGGUAUCGGGUGGUUUCCGUUCUUGUUCUAUUCAACCACCUAUGUGGGCGAAAUCUAUGCCAAUCACGCUAUCGCCAUUAGACAGUCUUUAGUGGCCAUAGAGACCAUAGAUGCUACGUCUAUGAUGUCUGCAGAUUUGACAGCUAUGAGCAAGGAAACUAGUAUCGCUGAGGACGCGAUUCGUUAUGGCACAUUUGCCAAUUUCCUCUUCUCCAUUGUGGCUUUUGCUACCAAUUCGUUACUUCCGAUACUCUUGGGAGUCUCUAUCAAACCUGGCCUCGCUGCAAGGAAGCCUACAGCAAAAUUUGGGAUAUCUCAAGCAUGGACCUGCGCUCACAUCUUCUUCGCUCUGGCCAUGUUUGCCACCAUGAUGGUGACCUCACAAGCAGCUGCCACCUUUCUAGUCGCCUCUGUGGGCCUCUCGUGGGCACUCACCCACUGGGCACCGUUCGCUAUCAUCGGAAGUGAGCUCGCUGCCCGCCAGUCAUUCAAUACCCGCACCAACGGUUUUCCAGACGACGAGAUGUCGACAAUGGGUGUGGAAGUUCAAGCUGGUGCCAUUAUGGGUCUGCAUAAUGUGGCCAUAUCAGCGCCGCAAAUUAUAGCAGCUUUGGCCUGUAGUGCUAUCUUCGGGCUUGCAAAAUCCUUGGGAAGUCAGGAUGGGACAGGGUGGGUGCUGAGAGCAGGUGGUUGUGCGGCUUUGUGUGCCGCAUAUUUGACUAGCAGUUUUGAUGAUUGA